ACUUUGUUCCCUUCAAUUCACUUUCACUUCCAUCCAAUCCAUUGUUAGCAAAAGCAGUCUUUUCAAUUUCUCCAUUUACUUUACCCAACCCCACUUUUAUAUCUUCUUGAUGAAAGAGCACAUGGCUUCGUUUCUUCUAUUUCUUGGCGUGCCUGUUCAAGAUCGUCUAUUGGUCGCCAGAUUUGGCAAAAUUCUUUUUUGUAGUUCACUCAAACCCAUCGUUUGACUUUCCAUUGUCCUUUGUGAAGACGGAAACACUUUGCAAAAGCACAUAUCUAGCACUGCUGUUGAUGCCUUGCCUGACCUGAGAACUGCUUCAUUGUUGGUGCUAGUAACUCGUUUAUCAUUUCCCCUGCCUGACUUUCUCUUGACUGACCAGUCGCGCAUCAUAUUUAAUUGGGAAAACAAUCAAUCUGCAGGGUGACCUAUUUCUAACCAUAUAAUGAUGACACUCUGUGUACCAAAGGUAUUUCCCCUUCUAGUCAUGUUAUGUUGAACAUAGAAAAGGUUAAAAAAGAUCCAGUCAUUGAAACCACUUUGAAACGAUUGAAGAGAAACAAUUUAUACAAAUGUUCCUACGUCUUAUAUGGAAAACAUUAUAAGUGAAGUUGUGCCAAAAAUAGGAGUUGAUUUUGAAGCAGAUAAGGAUGUAUACUAUAUCUGGGUGAUUGACAGCACAUGACGAAAGUCAAUCUUAUGCAAAUGUAGAGUAAAAGAAGAUAAAACGUUUGAGCUCUACAAGAUUGAACUAAACCAUGCUCGUCAAAUGGCCAUAGACAUAUCAUGCGCAGAUAAGAAUUUAGACCUGAGGCUGAUGCUAUGGACUAAGAGUGUUGUCACUGACUUAACUGAUGAUGAAAUGCAGAGCCUUAGAAAUCUGAUUAAUUCAGCUGUUUUAGAUCCAGAACUGAAGGUUGGUUUGAGAUGGCCCCUAGGGAAGUCAAACUCGAGGGUUCGGUAUCGUGUUAGUGGGGUUUGGCACACAGGAGUUAAGUUGUAUGAAAGCUCAUCACUGAGGCUCAAGGUAAGACAUGCUGAUCGAUUUAGUUUUGAGUCUUCUACUGGGGAGUCUGCAUUGGAGAUUACUCUGAAGUUGAAGCGAUUAGCUUCAGACAUACUGGAACAGAAGGCGGACACUGAUACUAUCUAUAUAUAAUAUGUUUUAAGGACACCUUAGGGUUGAUAUGGGAUCAUUUUCUGUGUUGUGAGCGCUUCUUGACAUAAGCAACUCGUGCCAAGCUUUACCUACUGUGAAAGAUGUUAAUAUGUUAAUGUUAGUGAUGGGAAUAACCCAUGUCCGUCUCCAAUGGUGGAACAUUUCUUGUAAAUAUUUGUUACAAAAUAUUGUUGCUGCUUCUUUCUUUCUUUCUUUUUUAAUCCUUGUAAGAGCUUAAUAUGGUACAA